AUGCCGAACUCCCCACGCUCAUCGCCCAAUGGGACUCACCCCAGACUCAUGCCCCAAGUCACCGGUGGCCAGGACGGUGAAGUCGCUUUGACAUAUCAGGGAGGCCUUAUAUCCGCACAAGCUAUGAAUGCUGUCACAGAGCAAGUAACCUUGAAUCACCCUCAGCCCAAUGCGCUGGACAGACUCGCAAGAACUCAACCCGCGACAGGCGGAACUUUCGGGCCGCCCUUUCUGACUGCAGGGUCGGGCCUGGACCCCGGAUGCGCUCCGCUAGAUGAUAACCUCCCGACUGGCACCUCUGGCCAGAUUUGGCCUUCGAUGUUUUCCACGGCUGAUAGCGAUCCCCAAGAGACACCGAUAUCCUGGAUAUAUGACGGAAGCAGUGAGGCGGUGGAUCCGAAUUAUGCGCUUGGCGAUAUUCCGUGGUCUCUGCAGUCUCCGGCUACGACGUCAAACCACAUUAACUGGCCGAUCCCCUCCAAUGAUGAGCUUGUUGGCCAAACUGUGUUCAACACCAAUAAAGGCCUCCCAAGAAGACGGAGUCGUUAUCGAUUUGUGCAUUCCGAGAAGCAGGCCAAUCCAGUACCAAUUCCUGUAUCUACAAGCGUUGGGGAAUUGAGUCCUAUGCAGCGGUGGAGGAAGUCUCCCCCGCAAGAUGAACCAGCCUCCAUCACUGCCAUACAUGACGCGCUGGAGAAUAGUACUGCUCGCCUCGACCUUGGGCAGUGGCGAGAGCAGUUCAUCUAUACAGUCGGCAAACUCAGUGUGGUCAGCAGCAUCAGACACGUCAAGAGGUCGACAGAACGAAUCAAGUUUACUUGA